CAGAAGGGAAUUACAAACGCUGGAUUCCAAAUACUAAUUUUGAUUAUGCGUACAAUUGGGAUUCCGGGAAACCCCCUUGUGGCGACACCAUAGCUGUGUUUAGUGAUGACAGUCCAUCUGUGUACAUGCAGAUGAACACAACUCUAAAAGAACUGAGAUUACCAUCGACUGACAUAACUCUCAUACUGGACAACGACUUCGUUCUUGGAUUUACAGAUGUCCCUGACAACAACCCAAGCUGUCUCAGUAACGGACAAGAGGUCCAUUUUAACAAGACUUAUCCAUCUGACUGGUUUGAUCCCAAGAACUGGUGUACAUCUACUACAGAGACAGGAAACUGUACGGAUAUGGUCCUGGAAUCGGAAAUGGUUCCUUGCUCGUAUGAUAAUGUGAUCUUCCCAAAAGACAGUUCUUUUUUUGUAAACGUAGAAGCUGAGAUGGAGAUAGUGGUUAACACUCUGAAAAUAUCUGGAAAGGCUUUAAGUACAAACACUUUCUCUUCGUUCAUAAAGACUGAUAUGGGUUCACGGAUGUUUCCAAAGCCCCACACUGGAGAAAGAUCAAAGAUCAAAAUUUCAAGACGACCGUGUAAUAACCCACUAGGGUGUACUUGUGGAAACGACAUACCUGAGAUUUUACAAAGAAUAUGCAGUAUACAGAAACCUUAUUGUGCAAAGCAAGCCUGUAAACAUCCAAUUAUCCUUACAGGUGGAUGCUGUGAAAUAUGUGGCGCUAAACUGACGGCUGAAUAUGGUACUGGUUUCAAGUUUGACACGUUAAGAAACGGUCUACAGAGGAAUCAACUCGAUGGAAAGGAGGACUUUAAAGAUGUAAAAUUUGUCAUUUCACGGACAUCGAAUGAUAAAAUACAAAUAUCUCUGACAGACAAGCAUGGUGGUCUACAGAGUAUACAUGUUGCAACACUGAUGAAGGCAGAUAUUGAUCAAGAUAUUUUGUCCGGUGGAUUUAAGUACAGUCUUCGCAAAAUAGCAAUUGAGCAAUCAGGACCCGCAAUUCAUACUCCUAGUGCAGGUGCACGAACAGGUGGCAGCGGAGGAAAUGGAGGAGAAACUGCUGGUAUAGUGAUUGGUAUAUUGGCUUUUAUUGGUAUUGUAUUUGCCGGGCUUUUCUUUCUGCACAGAAGGAGAAGUAUUCCAGAAAUUUCUAGAUUCAAAGUAUUUGACAGAAUUUCUUUCCGACGACCGAAAGUAAAGAGACCACACGUUGAGGUACCCCCAUUCUUACGAUUUUCGUUUAGAUCUGAGCAAGUGGAAAAUGUCGGACCAUCUCAUCAAGGCUUUGAAAAUCCAAUAUUCGGAAAUUCUCCUCUCGGCGGAGAUAAGCCAAUGGAUUUGGAACUGAUGCCACCUCCAUUGGAAAGUGAAGAGCAACCUACAUUUGACACAUCCGGGUUUGAUAAUCCUCUUUACGAUACAUACGUUCAGGAAUCACUAUUCAGCGAUGCUGCGACUGUUGAAAUCGAAGAAACAAGCAAAGAAAAAUCGGGAUUACCGGAAGACUAAAAAUAUAUUGAACACUCAUAACUGUCCUUUAUAUCUUAAAGAGACAAUAAAUGAAAUUCUUGA